CAUCAAUUCUCGCGAGAUUUAUCGGCAGCCAUCUUCUUGGGGGUGCUGGGAGCCGGGAAGACCCCCUGAAUCGUUCCCAUUGAGCUGCCCUUCUUCUUCGCUUUCUUUACUUUUGCGUCUUCUGCGUUGCCAACAAGCACCUAGUUCCGAGGCGGAGGGAAGGCCUGGGUCUGAGCGCGUGUCGCGCUUCCGGUCCGGGUAGAUUUGCCGGGGAAGAGAAAAGGGGGAGGGCACGGGCAGACCGUUGCUGCCGUAGCCCGGGCCGGGGGCCAGGGAGGGGGAGCUCCUGGCGCCCCGUGGACUCGCGGCCUGCGGCGGUCCCGGCCGAGCUGGUCGCCGACCCAGGCUCGCGGGAACCUGCCACCGGCGCCUCCCACCGCGGCCCACGCGGGCGGCGCGCGGAGGAGGGGGCGGGAGCAGCGGCGGCUGUAGCGGCCACGACCUGGGCGGGCGGAGUGUGACGGGCCUCGGGGCCGCCGUGGAUGGUUUCUAAAAUGAUCAUUGAAAACUUCGAGGCACUCAAGUCCUGGCUCAGCAAGACUCUCGAGCCCAUCUGUGAUGCAGAUCCAUCAGCCCUAGCAAAAUAUGUUCUGGCUUUAGUAAAGAAAGACAAAAGUGAAAAAGAGUUAAAGGCAUUAUGUAUUGAUCAGCUGGAUGUAUUUCUUCAGAAAGAGACUCAGAUAUUUGUGGAAAAACUUUUUGAUGCUGUGAACACGAAGAGUUAUCUACCUCCUCCAGAGCAGCCAUCAUCAGGAAGCCUGAAGGUAGAAUUUUUUCAGCACCAAGAAAAAGAUAUAAAGAAAGAAGAGAUCAUUAAAGAAGAAGAGCGUGAGAAGAAGUUUUCUAGAAGGCUAAAUCAUAGUCCUUCCCAGUCAAGCUCCCGAUACAGAGAAAAUAGAAGUCGUGAUGAGAGGAAAAAAGACGAUCGUUCUCGCAAAAGAGAUUAUGAUCGAAACCCUCCUCGAAGAGACUCCUAUAGAGACCGAUACAAUAGAAGACGAGGGCGGAGUCGCAGUUACAGCAGGAGUCGAAGUCGAAGUUGGAGUAAAGAGAGGGUUCGUGACAGGGAUAGAGAUAGAAGCAGGACUAGAAGCAGAAGCAGAACACGAAGCAGGGAAAGGGAUCUGGUAAAACCUAAAUAUGACCUGGAUAGAACAGAUCCAUUAGAAAAUAAUUAUACUCCAGUCUCUUCGGUACCUAGUAUUUCAUCUGGCCACUAUCCUGUACCUACUUUGAGCAGCACUAUUACAGUAAUUGCUCCUACUCAUCAUGGUAAUAACACUACUGAAAGUUGGUCUGAAUUUCAUGAAGACCAGGUGGACCAUAACUCUUAUGUCAGACCACCAAUGCCAAAGAAACGGUGUAGAGACUAUGAUGAAAAGGGUUUUUGUAUGAGAGGAGACAUGUGUCCCUUUGAUCAUGGAAGUGACCCAGUAGUUGUGGAAGAUGUGAAUCUUCCUGGUAUGCUGCCUUUCCCAGCACAGCCUCCUGUUGUUGAAGGACCACCACCUCCUGGACUUCCUCCACCUCCACCAAUUCUUACACCCCCACCUGUAAAUCUUAGACCCCCAGUGCCACCUCCAGGUCCAUUGCCACCCAGUCUCCCACCUGUAACAGAUGAUAUUUCUUAUUCUUUGGUUUUGACAGGACCACCACCUCCACUUCCUCCUUUGCAGCCAUCUGGCAUGGAUGCUCCUCCAAACUCUGCGACCAGUUCUGUUCCUACUGUAGUAACAACUGGCAUUCAUCACCAGCCUCCUCCUGCUCCACCCUCUCUUUUUACUGCAGUUUUUGUAUUACCAGAUACAUAUGACACAGAUGGCUACAAUCCUGAAGCCCCAAGCAUAACAAACACUUCCAGACCUAUGUAUAGACACAGAGUGCAUGCACAAAGGCCUAACUUGAUAGGACUAACAUCAGGGGAUAUGGAUUUACCACCCAGAGAAAAGCCUCCUAAUAAAAGCAGUAUGAGAAUAGUAGUGGAUUCAGAAUCAAGGAAGAGAACCAUUGGUUCAGGGGAGCCUGGAGUUCCUGCAAAGAAGACUUGGUUUGAUAAACCAAAUUUUAAUAGAACCAACAGCCCAGGCUUCCAGAAAAAGGUUCAGUUUGGAAAUGAAAAUACCAAACUUGAACUUAGAAAAGUUCCUCCAGAAUUAAAUAAUAUCAGCAAACUUAAUGAACAUUUUAGUCGAUUUGGAACCUUGGUUAACUUACAGGUUGCCUAUAAUGGUGAUCCUGAAGGUGCCCUUAUCCAAUUUGCAACAUAUGAAGAAGCAAAGAAAGCAAUAUCAAGUACAGAAGCAGUGUUAAACAAUCGCUUUAUUAAGGUUUAUUGGCACAGAGAAGGAAACACCCAACAGUUACAAACUACUUCCCCAAAGGUAAUGCAGCCUUUAGUCCAGCAACCCAUUUUGCCUGUUGUGAAGCAAUCGGUCAAAGAGCGUUUGGGUCCAGUACCAUCAAGUACUGUUGAACCUGCAGAAGCCCAGAGUGCCACUUCAGAUCUUCCUCAGAAUGUAACUAAGUUAUCUGUGAAGGACAGGUUGGGUUUUGUAUCAAAGCCAUCUGUUUCAGCAACUGAAAAGGUGUUGUCUACAUCCACUGGCCUAACAAAAACAGUGUAUAAUCCUGCUGCUUUGAAGGCUGCACAAAAAUCCUUACUUGUUUCCACUUCUGCAGUUGAUAAUAAUGAAGCACAGAAAAAAAAGCAGGAGGCACUGAAACUUCAGCAGGAUGUAAGGAAAAGGAAACAAGAAAUUUUAGAAAAGCACAUUGAAACACAGAAGAUGUUAAUUUCAAAACUGGAGAAAAACAAAACAAUGAAGUCUGAAGAUAAAGCAGAAAUAAUGAAAACUUUAGAGAUUUUGACCAAAAAUAUCACCAAGUUGAAAGAUGAGGUCAAAGCUGCUUCUCCUGGACGCUGUCUUCCAAAAAGUAUAAAAACCAAGACUCAGAUGCAGAAAGAAUUGCUUGACACAGAACUGGAUUUAUAUAAGAAGAUGCAGGCUGGGGAAGAAGUCACUGAACUUAGGAGAAAGUAUACAGAAUUACAGCUGGAAGCUGCCAAACGAGGAAUUCUUUCUUCUGGUCGGGGCAGAGGAAUUCAUUCAAGAGGUCGAGGUGCAGCUCACGGCCGAGGCAGGGGUCGAGGUCGAGGGCGAGGUGUGCCUGGUCAUGCUGUGGUGGAUCACCGUCCCAGGGCAUUGGAGAUUUCUGCAUUUACAGAGAGUGAUAGAGAAGAUCUUCUUCCACAUUUUGCGCAAUAUGGUGAAAUAGAAGAUUAUCAGAUUGAUGACUCUUCACUUCAUGCAGUAAUUACAUUCAAGACAAGAACAGAAGCUGAAGUAGCUGCAGUUCAUGGAGCUCGCUUCAAAGGGCAGGAUCUAAAACUGGCAUGGAAUAAACCAGUAACUAAUAUUUCAGCUGUUGAAACAGAAGAAGUUGAACCUGAUGAAGAGGAAGUAUGUUUUUUUUCCCAUUUGUUUUUGCCCUUAAUUGUUCAUAGUUUUUAUAUAAAGUGUUAUUUUUAUGGCUGUGACUUUAACAUAAAACUUUUAUUCCUGAGCUAUAUUCCAGGCAGGGGAUAUCAGAUAAAUGCAAACAACUUUAAAUUUUCUGGAUUAACGAGAACUGUGGAUUGCUAAUCCAAAGAGAAUAUAUGAAAAUCAUAUAUAUAUAAUCAAUUUUCAUUUACUCUUAGAAGAUAAUAAUUAUUCAUUAGAUUUUUAUCCACAGGAAACCUUGUAAUAUUUUAAGUUUUAGGGUAUCCUACUCAAUUGCUUUAUUAACAUUUCAACUUUCCUGUAUUUUAAUUCAUAUCAUUUUAGUUCAUUAGAAUGAAUGCCUGCUAUGUGAUAGAUAUCGUGAUAGAUGCAAAAAUGAAUAAGACACGGUCCCUAUCAUCAAGGAGCUUAUAAUCUGGAAAGGAGGGUGGUGGCAGACACAUAAGAAACUAAUUAUAAUAAAAGGCAGACUGAUAAUGCUGAAUAAAGAUUUGAACAACAUGCUGUGGGAACCCAGAGGAAGAAGUGAUUGUUUCUGUUCAGAAGAAUCAUAAAGGAGGUAUUGACAGUGGAGCUGGGACCUAAAUGAAAAAUAGCUUUCCAAAACGAAGAGCUGAGGUUGGAGAUAUAGUUGAGAGAGAGAUUUUAGUUAGAGUGAUAAGCUUCAGAAUAGGUGUGGAAGAGUGCAUUUUUUUUGGAUAACAGUAAGUUAGUCUGACGACUGAGAGGUAUGAGCAUAUAGAACAGUGAAGUGGGAGAGCCCUUUGAAAUCAAAAACUUGAAAGUAAACAACUCUGUUUUGUGUACAAAAAAGUUGAAGGAAGUUAAGAAAUAAAGGUAAGGUGGAGAAACUAAAUGAUUCUAUGUGUUGCCCUUGUUUGAUCUUCAUAACGGCACUUCAUUUUCUUUGAAGAACAUUUCAGGGCUGGUAUACAUAUCCAUAGUCAAAUGCAAGAAUAAAAUGUAUAUUUUGAAACUCAUAUACAUGAUUUGUCAUUUUAUAUUUUAGAUUAUACCUUUGUCCUUCCAUGAGUUUGAAUUGAAUGGGGAGAAAAGCAGGAGAGCUCCUGGUAUUAGGUAUUUUGAAAAGUUUGAAAUAGCAGUCUGAGAAGCUUUUAUGAAGGGAGUGGGGAAAAGAAAGGAAUGCUAUAAAAGGAAAUGUUUAUUAUACACAGCAGAAAAGAAAUACAAAUCUUGGUACAAUUUCAUAUAUGUUAUUGGUUAAUUUAGUAUUCAGGGUUAGAUAGGGUAAAUCAGAAAACUAAGUGAUGUUUUCUGUUUUAAAAACAUAUUGAGCAAUAUUUUGAAGGCAUAGGUAUCUUCUAAGAUGGCAUAAUUUGGUAAAGAGGCAGGAGAAAUGGCAUGCACAAAGACUUAAUUUGUUAUUUCUUUAGUGCCUGUUUCAUGCAAGCAAUAGAAUAGAUACUAUAGAGAAACCACUGAAUGGAUAAAGGUUACCUUUCUUUGUUUCUUGAGUGUUCUAGCUAUAGAAAUACCUUUUGUAUUCGACUCUGUUGAGAGAGAGAUCAGUAUUUAAAAGUGUCACCUUUUUUUCUUUUCUUUUUUUUUGGGUAAAUUCCUAAAUACAUUUUA